AUGGGAGAUCAAAACAAGAGGGAGUUCAAUACACAACCAGCUGUUGUGGUCAGCUCAAGGUGGAACCCAACGCCGGAGCAGUUAAGAACCCUCGAAGAACUUUAUAGACGAGGCACUCGAACCCCAUCAGCAGAUCAAAUUCAGCAUAUAACAGCACAGCUGCGUAGAUAUGGUAAGAUAGAAGGAAAGAAUGUGUUCUAUUGGUUUCAAAACCACAAGGCAAGGGAACGGCAAAAACGUCGCCGACAAAUGGAAUCAGCUCAUGAUGAGCACAGUCGAGACGCCGAUAUCUUUGGAAGAAAAGAUUCAGGAGCAGAGAGGACAGGUUAUGAAGUUGAACAUACCAAGAACUGGGCACCACCUACAAACUGCAGUACACUAGCAGAGGAACCUGUUCCAAUACACGCGGCAGCCAAAGCAACAGUGGCAGAAAGUGGAGCAGAUGGAUGGAUCCAAUUCGAGGAAGGAGAAUUACAGCAGAGAAGGAACUUUGUAGAAAGGAAUGGCACGUGGCAGAAGAUGCAGCUGUCUUACUCUUGCCUCCCUUUUAACUCUACUACAGCCACAGCAACAGCAGCAGCGACUAGCACUGCCUCCACCAUCACCACAGCGUCAAUACCAACAGCAAUAAGAACAAUGGACUCAAAGCAGCAGCAGCUCAUUAAGACUCAUAAUCUCAACAUCUUUCUAGCUCCCUGCAGCAGACAAAAUGGCAAUGUCCUUGACCACUUGAACACUGCCAGAAACCAGGACGAUGCUCCUGGGGAUUCUCAAACUCUACAACUCUUCCCUGUUCGUAGCGGCGUCGGUACCCAUAACUCUAAGGAGAAAGAAAAUGAGAUAUCAAUUGCAGCCGUGACUGCCAACCUCACUCCUUACCAGUUUUUUGAAUUCCUUUCUUGAAGAACUAAAACCCAACGGAUAUUUAUUUACCCUACUUUUUUUCAAC